GAUUUGUUUUACAGCAAAAAGUCCCAUUAAUGGCUACCGCGGCAACCUGCUCCAUCGCAACGUAGAAAUAUUUGCGCCUUUUUCUUUUUCAAAAAUAUUGAAUUUGACGAGUUCGGGGGAUUAACAAUUUGAUACUUCAAAUCUUCCGAAUAGGAAUUUUCAGUAUUAGGGUUUCUAAUUUAGAUGGAGAGUAGUAGCGGGAGCAGCGGUCAGUGGAGGGCAGAGGAAGUAGUCGCUGGCAACGCUGAAGCUCUUGAAGCUCUUAGGGAACUCAUAGCUUUCCCUUUUCACUAUUCGAGAGAGUCUCGAAAGCUUGGACUCAAGUGGCGCACGGGAUUGUUAUUGUACGGUCCCCCAGGCACAGGAAAGACAAGCUUGGUUCGGGCCGUUGUUCGAGAAUGCGAUGCUCACUUGACUGUUAUUAGUCCACAUUCUGUUCACAGAGCACAUGUUGGAGAAAGUGAGAAAAUUCUGCGAGAGGCUUUUUCAGAAGCAUUGUCUUAUUCAUCAACAGGCAAGCCAUCAGUUAUCUUCAUUGAUGAAAUCGAUGCACUCUGUCCUCAUCGUAAUUCAAGGAGAGAGCAAGAUGUACGUAUUGCAUCUCAGCUUUUUGCAUUGAUGGAUGCCAACAAACCCUCAGCAUCUUGCCCACAAGUUGUUAUCGUGGCUUCAACUAAUAGAGUGGAUGCAAUAGAUCCAGCAUUACGAAGGUCAGGACGCUUUGAUGCUGAAAUUGAAGUUACAACACCCACUGAAGAGGAGCGCUUUCAAAUUCUUCAGCUCUAUUCCAAGAAGCUCCCACUGGAUCCUACUGUUGACUUACGAGCUAUAUCUGCAUCUUGUAAUGGAUAUGUUGGGGCUGAUUUAGAAGCUUUAUGCCGAGAGGCUACAAUGUCUGCAAUAAGAAGAUCAUCAGAUGUAACUAAAGAUGGUGGUUUAUGCAGCUUAACAAUGGAUGAUUGGAAGCAUGCAAAAACUGUGGUUGGUCCAAGCAUAACAAGAGGUGUUACUGUGGAAAUCCCCAAGGUUACCUGGGAAGAUAUUGGAGGAUUACAAGAUUUGAAGAAAAAGCUCCAGCAGGCUGUUGAGUGGCCUAUUAAGAAUGCUGCUGCAUUUGCAAGGCUGGGGAUAUCACCUGUUCGUGGAGUUCUUUUGCAUGGACCUCCAGGAUGCUCAAAAACUACCCUUGCUAAAGCUGCAGCUCAUGCUGCUCAAGCCUCCUUCUUCUCAUUGAGUGGUGCAGAAUUGUAUUCAAUGUAUGUUGGAGAGGGAGAGUCUUUGUUGCGUAACACUUUUCAGAGAGCUCGCCUUGCAGCACCAAGUAUAAUAUUCUUUGAUGAGGCUGAUGUUAUUGCUGCCAAACGAGGUGGGAGCACAAGCACAAGUGGCAAUGCCACAGUGGGGGAGAGAUUACUAUCGACCUUACUGACUGAAAUGGAUGGUCUAGAACAGGCUAAUGGAAUUCUAGUUCUGGCUGCUACUAAUCGCCCUCAUGCUGUUGAUGCUGCACUUAUGCGCCCUGGUCGCUUUGAUCUGGUUCUUUAUGUACCACCACCUGAUUUAGAAGCCCGAUAUGAGAUUGUGUGUGUACAUACACGUAACAUGAAGAUUGGGGAUGAUGUUGAUCUAAGAGAAGUAGCAGAAGAUACUGAGCUGUUUACAGGAGCUGAAUUGGAGGGCCUCUGUAGGGAAGCUGGUAUGGUGGCUCUGAGGGACGACAUCUCUGCUACAGUUGUUUGUGGCCGACAUUUCCAGAUUGUAAAGAGGUCACUAAAGCCAGCAUUAACAAGAGCUGAAAUAGAUGCAUAUGCCUCGUUUAUGAAGAACCCAUUAUACAGGUCUUCCAAUCAUUGUGCACUAAGCAGCAAGCAUAACAAGUCCAUGAAGAUAUCAGGAGCUGUAAAACUUGGUAUCCUAAGCUUUGCGGUAAUGCUUGCUGCUAAAUAUCUUCUCAUGAGUCCAAAACACACACCAAGUAGUGUACCAAGCACUUGAACAAUAUACCCAAAGAAUAUGCUCAUAGAUCCCCAUGUCAGUAGCUAGCCAUAUUUUAUUCUGGUUUUACUGGUAUCAGAUUCAUCUCAUAUAAACUACAGCCAGAAGCAGCAAAAUUAUAGUUGAGGGUUUUACCAAUGUUUGAAGUAUUAAUGCACAUGCCCUACGUAUCAGUCGAUAUGGCCCGAUAUGUAUCUAAAUUUUGAACCUUGGUCUGAACUGAAAUGAUUUCUACAGAGGAACUCUGAUAAAUAUAGGAAAUCUUCAUUUUACCGCUUUCA